CAAGUUCCCCAACUGUUUUGUCCCUUGUGGCCAAAUAAAAUUAUGAAGUAUUAUUUUUUUUUGUAGAAAUCUAAAAAUUAUUUAUGUAAUAUUUUUCAUGAUGAGAGAUGUGCCUAACGUAAUAGUGGCACCACCUUACAGAAAAUUUUGAAACUUAUUAUAGAAAUAUGUAAAUACUUUUUAUUUUAUUAGGUAGGUGUCUUCUUUUCGUCGUUCUAAUAUUGGAUUUUUAACAUUUAAAAAGGAGAAGUUGAAAUAUAAAGAAAGCUGCCCAAUUUUACUCAAAAGUUUUUAUCAACUAGAUUUCGCUAUACAAGCGUUCAGUGCAAAUAACUAAGCUUGUUUUAGCACAAAAACAAUAUAUUUUACACUUUACCAGUCAUAGCGCGUUGUAGUGCGUAGUAGCCUAGCAUCUUUUUCAUUUGAAGUUUAUGGUAACACUGAGAAAAGUGUUACACUUUUCUCUAUAGUUGAUUUUUAGGUCUCAGCAACUUGCCCUGAAAACUCUGUCACUACAACAUUCGCACCUGCAAUGGAACUUCUCAUCUUUAAAUAGCAAUCCUGGAAGAGGAAUCAGAUCGGGUGUGAGAUCUCCUUGCACGAUAGCUAGACGAAGAUAUGGUUUUGUAAAAAUUCAAGCAAAAUUAUGCAGGCAUUCUAUGGAAAUCAUGCCUUAUGUACAAGCUGCUGCUGUUUUAGCUUCAGAAACAUGUAAAUCAGUUUUUAGGGAUAGAAGAUGGAAUUGUUCCUCAAUUGUUACUGCUCCAUUCCUUACACCAGAUUUAACCAGAGCUACUCGUGAACAAGCAUAUGUGUAUGCCAUUAGUUCCGCAGCUUUAACUUACACCAUGGCGCGUGCUUGUUCCAGUGGAGCUCUUUACCAUUGUACGUGUGCCAGUAAGCCAACAUCUCUUCCAAAUGGAGAGUUUCAAUGGGGAGGAUGCGGAGACAACGUCAAAUGGGGAGCUCAGUUCGCCAAAAGAUUUAUUGAUAAUGUGGAAAAACAUAAAAUAGAUAAGAAGAAUACAAGCGUUAAGAAAGAAAGUGACCGAGAAUUAAGAAAAAAGAUGCAAAAUGACCAAGGGGCCCCCUUUGGAAUGGACAACAACGCCAUCGCUACUGUUAACUUGCACAAUAAUAGAGUUGGUAGGAAGGUAAUGACAGACAGUUUAAGAACCCAGUGUAAAUGCCAUGGUGUCUCGGGGUCUUGUAACAUAAAAACCUGUUGGAAAGCACUACCACCAAUGUCGGAAGUUGGAGGUAAGAUCUUGGAGAAGUACACAAACGCGUUAGAGGUCCACGACAUUAUUGGAGAUACAGGAAUAGGAGAUAAUAUAUCCAAAAAAGUAAAGAAAGCAGCUACUGCACAACUUCUGUUUUAUAUUUCUAAAUCGCCAGAUUAUUGUACAAAGGAUGAAAAGUUGGGCAGUUUCGGCACUGUUGGACGGCACUGCAACGUAACGUCAAAUGGACCAGAUAGCUGCAGACAGCUCUGCUGUGGACGGGGAUAUAGGACAGUCGUUGAAGAAAAGAUUGAACGCUGUCAAUGCAAGUUUUAUAAUUGUUGCUAUGUCAAAUGUAAAAUUUGUCGAACAAAAACACAAGUUUAUGAAUGUUUGUAAGGCAUAUUUGCUUAUUUUUAGAAAAGAAUAAGUACACGAAAAAUAGAUUUUAAAAAUCCAAAACUAAUCUAAAUUUAUUUGUAACUAUUUAUCAUCAGGACAACAUAAAUCAGAAGUUUAUUCAUAAUUAACUUUUGUACUAUUUUUUAUUUGGAAAAAUACAAAAAAGCGAACCAUAAAGCCGCAAAUUUCUAUAAAAAUUCAAUCAAAAUUGUGUUAUAUACGUACCUACGCAUAACUUCACCACGAGUUUAAGGACAAGGAAAAAUUAUAUUGGAAAAGAGAUUAAAUAGAGUAGCUCAGAUUACAUUUAAACCCAGUAUCGGAAGAAUCUUUGGGUGUAAUUAUGAGAAUUCCACAAUGUAAUUUGAAAUAUUGUAUAUCUACUUUUCCAGUCACAAGUCAGGAGAGAGUCGGGUAAAAUAGUCCCUGCUACAUGUUUUGGGCUAAAAAUAAUAAAAAACGAAAUGAUUAAGUAUGAAUAAAAACGGAGUAUAAACUCUAAGCAUGUUCUCAUGAGUAUGAGCAUAAAAUAUAAGUUAAUACGCCAUUUCAUAUGAAUAAAAAUAUUUUGAUGUGGUGAGUUUCUACUCACCGUACAUAAGAGUAGAUACUAACACGUGGAGUAUGUACUUCAAGAUUUGGAGUACCUAUCUAUAAACUACAUUCUCAUACUAGUAUAGUAUAGUUGAUCCAAAAGAUGGCAUAACCCAGACAUCCAAAGUGAAAGUUA